AUGUCCUUGAGCGCAACGUCUCCUGCAGUUCGAACACCAGUCCUAUCGCCCACAACCAACCGGAGCAUUGAAACGCCUGCACGCAACCCUGUAUCCCAACGGUUAUACCGCAUUCUUGGGUCGAGCUUCGAUGAUCCAGCUUCCAGAGAAGCUCUCGUAACCCUCUCGGACUUCUAUACCCCAACCAACUCUUCAGGCAGUGGCAGCAAGAACAGUGAGGAGGAUGACGAUGACUGGGAUGAUGAUGAAUUCCUUGACGAUGCCGUGGGGCAUACGAAUACUGCGUCAGCAGCGGAACGACCGACUGGAGGAGUAGCGUCCAAUGCCCGGAAGUACAUGCGCCGCGACGUGGAGCAAAAGCUGGCCGAGAGCAGCAAGCAUUUCUUAGAGGCGUUUGGGACUGUUAAUCAACAACUAGAUGUUCUGCAGGAACACAUCAGGGCUAUGCGAGCCCAAUGCGACGGGGCAGAGCAGCAACUAGAAGGUGCCAACGACGCGUGCAAGUCUCUACUGGAACGGGCAGGCAGUCUUCGUGAACAAAGGCAGGCAAUAGCGUCCAAGCAAUCUAUCAUCAACAUGUUCCUGUCCCGGUUUACUCUGAGCGAAGAUGAAGUCGAUACGAUGACUUCCCGAACCGUUCCCAUGGGCAAACGAUUCUUUCAAGUCAUGGACAAGACCCAGCGCAUUCGCGAGGAUUGUCGAGUUCUGAUGGCUGGGGAGGAUGGCCCAAGUAAAGCUGGCCUGGAUAUCAUGUCGGCGACUUCUUCUUAUCUUGAGCAGGCAUACGACAAGAUCGCUCGCUACCUCGCUUCCGAGUUCAGGCAAAUGGGGCGUGACGCGCUCUUGGAAGUAGGACCAACCCUGGCGGAAGCUGUGCGACGGCUCAAUGCUCGUCCUGAGCUCCUAAUAGAGUCACUUCAAAUUCUCGUGCAGACCCGCCAGUCAGCCCUGUCUGGCGCUUUCCUUGACGCACUCACUCGGGGGACGCCUCGGCCGAUAGAACUGCAUGCGCAUGACCCGAUGCGUUACAUCGGUGACAUGCUUGCCUGGAUCCACCAAGCAGUGGCCGCCGAACGUGAAUUCCUCGAUGCUCUCUUCGGUAUCAAAGAUGCGCGGAUGGUCGGCAGUGUCCGCACGUUCCGAGCCACGGAGGAAGAGGAGUACAUCAGAGCAUUGAUGGAUGGAGCAGUUGGCAAGCUAUGCGGACCGUUGAAGGCUCGGGUGCAGCAGACCGUUCGCUCACAGGAAAGUGCAAUUGUGGCGUACAAGGUGGCAAAUCUCCUGCAGUUCUACCUUCUCACCAUGAAACGGACGCUGGGCGAGGAGUCCUCUCUGUGCAAGACCUUGCAAGAAUUGACAGAUGUCUCUUACAAGGUGUUCUUCGAUGCCAUCGAGGCACAGGGACGUGCGCUGCUACGUGUGGCUCUCGACAUACAAAAUGGCGAAUUAACGCCUCCGCUGGCGGUGCUGGAUCAUUGCCAGGUGUUGAAGGAGAUCAUGUCUGUCUAUCAAUCCUCUCUGGCCGGCGAGGACAGUGAGGAAGAUCAAAAUGAAGGAUUCCGCCGCGUCUUAGACAUCAUGAUCGAUCCAGCCGUCGAGAUGUGCGUCAGCGCUGCGGAUAGGAAGGACAAACAGGUCGCUCGCUGGGACAAGCCUAUCUUUGUCCUGAAUUGCCUCACAUACCUUCAGAAUGUCCUUGAGCCAUAUUCCUUCACAUCCGAGAAGCAGCAGAUGAUCGAGGGGCUAGUCCAGCAACGUGUACAUGAGCUAACUGAAGAACAUUAUCAGAAUAUCCUUCGUGAUGCAGGCUUAGACACGCUCGUCGAAACCCUCGAUAGGAGGAAAGACAAGGAACCACUAUCACGUAUUCCGGCUGCUCAGCCGCAACAGCUCCAGAAAUACCUUCAUCGCUUCUCAAUAUGGCUUAGCGGGUUGGAGGUGGUCCAGUCUCCCCGCCUCUUGCAUCUUAACCUCCAGAAACUGCAUACCCGCAUACACCAAGCAGCCCUCCAGCGACUCGCCAAGACGUACAAGCGGAUAUGCGACGAAGUCAAACGGCCCGAAAACAAGUAUGAAGCCGCUGCCACCUUACUGGGCGGCGAGCGACCUUUCGGGCAACUACAUUUGCUGUGGCAGAUAUUCGGCCUGGAAGGGGUCGUCGACGAUGCAUGAAUGGGUGACAAUAUGGAUUGGACAACGUGUCUUCCUCGACCCACGGUGGAGUUAUGUCAACCCUACUUGAGCGGGUUACAUCUGCAAGUUGCAACCACGUCAUGGGUCGCCUCCAAUGAAAUGAAU